CCGGAGCAAUCCAAAGCGCAGACGGGUCCGAGAAGCGAUUGCAAACGCCGCGCUGAAAACGUGACUGUUGGUCGGCAGCCCGGCCUUUCGCCUCUUGCCCUCUUCCGCUGGCCAUCUGCCUCCGGUCGUUGGCUGAACUCCCACCCCACCCCCAAGCUGUCUUGGACUGCUUCCCCUCUCUCCUCCCUGCGGGCCGUCCGAACCCUCCGGCUUUGUGAAGGGCUUGCUGGCUGGCUGUUUGGUCUGCCAUGAACGUCAACGCUUCAGAGUUUGUUCCUCGAUCUGCGCCGCCUGGUGCUGCGGCGUCGGCUUCCUGCUCAGGCGGGACAGCGAGCGACUCGCCGUCCUCAGCGCUCCCCAGCACCAGCAAGAGCGCCAAGGACGACGUAAAUCGGCCUCGCUCGCAUCGGGACGUGACCAAGAACGCAUCCCUCCCAGGUCCCAGCUCCCCGUCCUCGGCCUCCAUGUCGCUCGAUACAGCGCUGGCGAUCCAGCUUGGCGCCACUCAUCUUGCACCCAAGCAGCCCCGGAACACCGGCACACACUCGCUGUCGUCAUCGUCAUCGGCUUCCAGUGCUGCACGAAACAAACGCGGCGAAGUCUCGCUGAAUCACUUGCUGGGCUUUAGCUUCCCGGCCCGGCCUCAGGCCACUGCUCCAGUCGUGCGACGACGACGAGACGUCUACUAUGAGCCCUUCAACAAGGAGCGCUUCGUUAAUGCCAACUUUCGCUUUGUCGUCAAGGCCGAAUGCGACUACACCGUACAGCUGACUGACUCGGAUGUUCCCGUGAACUGGAGCGAUAUAGCUCAGAUUAUUAUCCCCGAAACAAAGGAUCAUUCUUGCCCGAUCUGUCUGCGUCCUCCACAGGCGGCUCGGGUGGCCAAGUGCGGUCAUGUGUACUGCUGGCCGUGCCUGCUGCACUAUCUCCACCUCGGUGAUAAGAAAUGGCGCAAAUGCCCAAUCUGCUACGAUGCUAUCUAUAAGGCCGAUCUCAAGUCCGUCAAGUUCCAGCACCAGGACGUUGUCAAAGUGAACCAGGAUAUCGGGAUGGUCCUAAUGCGACGACGCAUACAAUCUAGCUUCAGCGUCCCGAGGACGGUUCGGCCGCAGGACUAUAGACAGAUUUCCGGUGGCGGUCUCCGGCCCUAUUCGGUCCUCGACGAGCAAGUUGCGCCGUAUUCGCGAAUACUGCUGGCAAGUGGCCAGUAUAUCGAGAAGAUUUGCCUGCGAGACAUGAACGAGCUGCAGGCGAUGCUGGACGACAUCAAGAGCGAGCGCGAGGUCAUGCGCCUGAUGCGAGAGGAGCGUGGGCUUCCGCCUCUCAAGGAAGACGGCAUCAGCAGCGAAGAGCCGUUUGUUGAAAUCGCUCUGCAUGAGACUCAGGUGCUACUGGAAGAAGUCCGUCUCAAGAACCAGAUCCGAAGCAAAGCUGAGCAGCAACUGAAAGCCGUAACGGCUCGGGAGCUCAAGCUGGCUGAAGCGCCACCCAAGACUCGAGAGACGACCAAAUUGAAUGCUGAAGACUCCGGCCAAAGGGCCCAAGAGUCUGUCGAUUCGUACUGCCGCUCGAAGCUGGAGGACGAUGGAUACCAGGAUCCCUUCUCGGACGACGACGGCACCUCAAGCCCAGGGAUCUCUGGCAUAUUCCCAGUUGAUAGCCAUGGCUCUGUCGCCGAUGCGGCAGCAGCAUCCAGCUCCGCUACGACAGACGAUUCUGGGCAACGCGCAGCGCAGUGCCUCGAGUCUCCAAGCAAACCACGCACCGGAAACGCAGUCCCCUCGCUUGCCGCACGAAACGCUUCUGUCGACGAAUUCUACCACUAUUACCAGCACCUGCUUGGACAGCACGUCUAUCUACAUCCGCUCGACAUCCGUGUGCUGAAGACAGAGCACGGAGGUUACGAUCGGAUGCCUGAUUCGAUCAAAGUCACGAUUGAGAGCGUCAGCGAGACCACGAUCAACGAGGACAUGCGCAAAAAGUUCAAGUACCUCGCACAUCUGCCUCAGGGGUGCGACGUGUCGUUCUGCGAAGUUGACUUGGCAAGCCUGGUCUCCGAGUCCACGUACCACCUGUUCGAAAAGGAUAUCCGCGAGCGAACGCGGCGGCGCAGGGCCAAGGAACAUAAGGAGGAAAGCACCCGCAAGAAGAACGAGGCCGAUGAGCUCGCGGUCUUUAUGGGAUACACUCCAUCGACCAAGAAAACGGUCGAGCGGUGGGACGAACUCGACUGGGAUAGCGAAUUCCCAACCGUAUCCAAGGGCAGCGACAGCGAUGCCGAUCCCGGGGAGCACCACGGAUACUCGAGCAGCUACCAAAGCGCGGGAUCCCACCUCGAGAGCGACGGCGGUGAAUCAACCGGCACAAGCCGCUCCCGACACUCGCCCCGAUAUGCCGAGAUAUCAAAUCGGCCGGCGCCGCCUGUGAGGCCAAGUGGGAAGAGCUUUGCCUCCAUCGCCGGCGACAUUGCCAAGAACGACUCGGGUUGGCGGAGAAAUCCCUCUGCUCCCUACGGCGUCGGCGCCAGCGACGACGACGAUCUUUACUCGGGCCACGAAGUCGGCUGGGAGCUUGAUCUGGAGGAAGCCAUGCUACAGACCCAGGAGUACGCUGCGUCCGGCAGCGGGCUUGGUCGAGGCAAGGGCAAACCAAGCAAUACGCGAGGCAACAGCCUCACCGAUACCGGCAGCGGCAAUCAAUCAGAGGGGAGCAAGAAAAAGAAGGGAAGCAAAGUCGUUGUGAUGACCAACAGCGCGCGACGGAGACGCUGAAUGGGGUGUGUUUUCGGCUCCACAGUGCCCUUCCAAGAAAAAUCAGAAUAUAUCGCAUGCUUGUGUGGUCCAUCCGUGAGAAGCCAUCGCCGGCAUGUCUCAGAUACAGCGACGGGACACAUUUUCUCGUUCAGAGAAACACACGCCGCAGUCGCUGCGAGUUAGGACAAGAGGACAUCCCGGAAGGUGAGAGGAAGCCCCGUCGGGUGGAUUUUACAGGCGAUCCAAUAAAAAACGAGACACCCGUGUUUUUGACCAUUGA